AUGCAUUUAACGUAUCAUAACUUUACGUUUGAACUCAGGUUGAUUGAAAUGGCUAGUGGCAAUGGCUGGUUUCAGAGUGCCAGAGCACCCGCCUCUGGCCCCAUACGGAAGAAGGCCUUGCCAGUUCGGGCUCCUGCGCAGCCUCCUGGCAAUAAGCUUCCUCUGCCUGUGGCUGUAAGGCCAAAGCUUGGACCCUCUGAGAAACACAGCGUAUCAGAGGCGACACAAAAUCCAGAACCUUUGCUUUUGAAAGCAGCCCAUCCACUCCCAUUAUCAGCACUUCCUCUAGAGAAAGACCUGAAGGAGUUGAUUGCAAGAUACAAACAGGGAGUCAUAAACGCAGUAUCUGCCUUGCAUCAGUUUGCACAAAUGCGCCGUGUACAACUUGAAUUGAAAGAAACUAGUGUGGCAGGCAAUAUCAUAAGGCCUUACUUUGCCUUUUGUGCUGUGUUAGAUGGUGUUAGCUACCAGACUGGACUGGGAAAAAACAAGAAGGAAUCUAAAUUAAACGCAGCUAAACUGGCUCUUGAUGAGCUAUUUAGCUUGGAGUGUACAGGGGCAAAGGCUUCUGAAAAGUCAGAUCUUCCCUGUGCUCUUGCUGAGCCUGAAACUCCAGCAAACUCUGUUUGUGCUUCAAGGAUCUGUUGUGAAGGAAGACAGGUUACGUAUCUACAACUUCCAGAAAUUCUUGAAGAAGUAUUUAACAACCUGACUAUCAACUAUCCUGAAUAUCGAAGUUGUGGCAAUUCACUGGCGGCCUUCAUCAUUGAAAAAGGUGGACAGCAUGAAGUUGCAGCUCUAGGAACAGGAGAAUGUAAUUACAGUCAGUGCUUCCAACCUUGUGGAAGAGUGUUGCAUGACAGCCAUGCCCUUGUUAUUGCGAGGCGUUCUCUGCUUAGAUAUUUUUAUAGGCAUAUUUUGCUGUUCUAUAAUGAAAAUCCAGCAAGGACAGAGAAAUCCAUAUUUUGCCUAGCACCAGGCUCGAAGCUGCUUACUCUAAAGCAAAACACAGUUAUCUUUCUCUACAUGAAUCAGCUGCCAAAAGGAACCGCUCAGUUAAAAUCACAGGUACAUUUCAGUCCUCAAUCUCUAUAUGCUUACGAUACUGACAAACAACUGAGUCUCCAUGUUGCUAUAGAAGGCAAGAUUUACCCAACUGCUUGUUGUCCACCUGAAACUGUUAGAGCAACCAGUAUGUCAGCUAGUGACAAAUUAUCAAAAUGGGAAGUGGUUGGUAUUCAGGGAGCGUUGCUGAGUCACUUCAUUGAACCAGUUUAUAUCAACAAUAUUCUUGUAGGAAAUGGAAAUUGCAAGGAUACAAGAGGGCUAGAAAUGGCUAUAAAACGGCGCGUUGAUGAUGCACUUACAUCAAAGCUUCCCAUGCCUUAUGUGGUUAACAGAUCUCAUACUUACUUGGUGAAUGCUGCACACCCGGUUCAAACAGACUUUAAACAGAGCUCUCUGAGUUUGAACUGGUCAUUGUUGGAUGCAUCACUGGAGGUUGUGGAUGGGUUAAACGGAAAAACCACUGAAAGUUCACCGUUCAAAAGUGGCACUUACAUGGCAAGUCGCCUUUGCAAGGCAGCAAUGUUCAGUCGUUUCAGAUUGUGUGCUAAGGAUGCAGAACGGGAUGAUUUGCUUCAAGUUGCAACAUACCACGAAGCUAAGAUUCAAUCCAAAUUGUACCAAGAAGCUAAGAAGUUGCUGCAAAUCUACUUAGAGGAACAUGGUUAUGGAUCCUGGAUUGUGAAGUCGUCACAUACUGAACAGUUCAGUGACUGA